GAGGAAUGAGCAAGAGGGCGACACAGGGCGUGUUGUUUUCGGCAUCUACCACACCCCGGAACAGUUUGUCGGCAGAGCGUUGGCAAUGAAGCAUCCCUGUCACAUGGAACACCUCCUCCCAGCUGAGCUGCGUGAAGCGGUCAGACACGCCCAUGUGGUGCCUGAUGAUGUUGCUGCCAAGGACCGGACUGAGAUGGUGCGAAAGUGGAUCUCCUGGGCCAUCGAACUGCAGAUGGAAGAGGAUCUGUCUCGUGAAAACAUGUCUGACUUCAGAAAGUUGGUUCUCGAGAAGAAGAAGAUCGCCCUUUUUCGCCGGGCCCUGAAAGAUGUGGAACAUGGAGACGAAAACAUUGCGGACGAUAUGCUGAAUGGUUUCGCCUUGACCGGGAGGCUGCCUGUGGCUGGUGUUUUCAGGGAAGUGUACAAGCCGGCUACUUUGACUGAGGCUGCGCUAAGGGAAAGUGCGGCCAGAUCCAGGAGCGCUACGUUAGCCAUGGUCGGGCCGUCCGGGGAUGCUGAAAUUGAUGCCGGCGUCGAGGCGGCGACCCUGAAGGAACUUGAUGCUGGUUUCAUUCAGGGACCUGUGGAUCCUGCUACGCUCCCUGCAGGGGCAUCGCUGACUAGGAGAUUUGGAGUGCGCCAAGGGACUACUGCAUCUGGGGAGCCGAAGGUGACCAUCCACAAUCUCGACGUGGUUGCGGGGAUGGUGGCGUUGUGGUUACAACUUGGUGCAGAGAGACAAGGACAGGACGACUUGGUGGCGAAAUGUUGGGACUUGAAAUCUGCUUACAAACAACUCCCAUUGGACGACCGAUCUUUCGAUUUAGAUGGGCACUUUGUGAUUUAUAGUCAGUUGCAUAAGAAGCCUCAUGUGUACAAGCAACGUGUGCUGCCUUUUGGGUCGGUCGCAAGUGUCACUGCUUUCAUCAGAUGCAGUUUUGCACUUUGGAAAUUGGGAGUUUCUGCACUAAGAUUGGUGUGGAGCAUGUAUUUUGACGACUAUGUCCAUCUUACGAAGGCUCGUACUGCAAGGCAUAUGGAUUUGGUCAUCUCAAUCUUCAUGAAGCUGUUCGGGUGGGAUAUCUCGUCCGACAAGUUGUGUCCUUACAGCACCAUGUGCAAAGUGUUGGGGGUCCGCCUUGAUAUGAGCGAAGCACGAUUGGGACAAGUUCGUUUCUCGAACACUGAGAGCCGUCGUGAAGAACUGAUUGCUGAACUAGAGGCGAUCCUGGAACGGGGCUCCCUCAACUCGAGAGACUGCCAGCGAGUCAGAGGCAGAUUGCAGUUUGCGACUGGCCAGUUGUUCGGCAGGUCGGCUAGAGCAGCUUUGCAUGUGGUGUCAAAACAUGGCAGCAGCGGGUUUGCAAAAUUACAGAGCGAGUGCGUGGAAGCUUUUGAGCUUUUACUGAGUCUGCUGAGGGCAAACCGACAGCGCGUGAUAUCCAGGUCGCUGAACAAUGUCGUACAUGUCUAUGUGGAUGCCUCUUUUGAACCAAAUGACGGACACUCUGGUUUGGGGGGUGUUUGCUACAACGCCGAUGGCGAAACGCUCAUGUGGUUUGGAUGUGGGGCCCCGUCUUGGAUGAUUGACGAACUCAUGCACUUUGAAGAGAGCGAGAAAGAAACGGUGAUCUUUGAGCUCGAGUGCUUAGCCUUGCUCAUGGCGUUCAAAUUGUUUCAAGCUGCUUUGGGGCACAGCAACAUUGUUGCCUUCACUGACAAUGAAGGUGUGUUGGGGACUGUGGUCCGAUGCUGGAGCUCUAACAAGUUCGGUUCCUUGUGUGCGCGAGCCAUAUGCAAGAUCGAGGACCGUCUUUCGAUCUUCUGUUGGUAUGAGCGUGUUCCCUCCAGCUCAAAUCCUGCGGAUGGUCCCUCCAGGGGAUUGAGACUGGAAGAUGGCAAGGAGUGCGUGUGCACCCCAGACUUCCUGCGAGAAGUUUGGAACGAGGUGCAGAAGUUUCAGAUAGGAUACCUCUGCGAAGUGUGGCUUUGCAAGUGCAUAGAUCCAGAGGAUUCUUUUCUCCAGCUCUAUCUUGGAGACUUUGUGAGUGCGUUGGUUGCUGUGCAUUGCUGUCGCUUGAAGUUUGCUGGAGUGCAGGCAGUCGUGGUCAAAGAUCGGCUGAAGGGUCAGCUCGUUGAGAUUUGGGCCGCAGGAGGAACAGAAGCAGCAGCGACAGCCGUCGCUCAAGACGCAGAGACAGGCAGCUUCUUCUUGGAGGACUCCUCCCGGUGGCAAGAACAGUCCACCCCAUGGCAGAGCCAGCAGUCUUCAUGGGGCAAAGGUUGGGGGCAUUCUAAGAACUACGGCUCCAGCAGCUCGUGGCAGGGCUCUGGAGGGAAUCGGCGUGAGAAGUGGGACAAGCCUAAAGGCUGGAACAAGUGGCCCAAGCCUGAGCAAAAGCCGGCUAAGGAGCAGUAUGGGCGAGGGGCUGCCCCCAAGGAAGAGGAGCCGGAGAUUCUCCUCGACCCAGCUAUGGCUGGGAUUUUUGGCGCCCGGCAGCAGGGGCCGCCGGAGAGGCCCGACUCUGCAUUCAACGUUGCGGAGGCGACGGAGGAGGAAGUUCAAGCGGCGGCCAAUCGCAAGGCUGAGCGCGAAGAAGAAGGGUUCCACAGUCAGCUCUGGCAAGGGGCGAUCGCUAAGGCCCUCGCAGACCCCUCGCGACCCAAGUGCGCCCGAGAACUGAUGCGUGAGGGCAUCUUGCGAAGCUGGUGGAACAUGUCCUGGAAGGACGCCCGAGGCCUGAUUGACGGGACCUUGGUGGACGAGUAUCGCGAUCGGUUGAUGCUGUACAUGGCAAAGUACAAGAAUCCCACCGAGGUGCCGCAGCCGAUUGUCGAGCGCUGUGCAUGCUUGUUUGCGUGGUUCAAGCAGAACUCCAGGCCGCUGGACAUUGAAGGGGAUUUCGAUGCGAUCAUGUUCGCAGUGCCAGGGCAGAAAGUGCUGUGCUUUCGCACAAAGCUGACAGGGCCAUCCUUCCUGGAGCCCGCAAACCACCGCUACACGAUGACAAUGUCCCACGGCUUGCCGUGGACAGCAGCCAUGGGUGUGGGCGAGUAUGGGGAGAUAACCCCGGGAGACUUCACGGACGGCGACUUCCCGUCGUACGGAUUCAGCGGCCGAGGGGUCUGCAACGACUCCGGCUUUGAAGGUAUCAAAGCCUCAAUCUCCAAGGUGGCUGCAAGAGCCAAAGGAAGGGACGUCAUCUUCUCGAUGGAAGGGCUCCUGCAGGAGAACACGCCCCAGGUGGAGGGGGGCAUGCCGGCACUGAAUGCUGCUUGCCGAGAUGCAGGCAGCGCGCGGUCAGGGGACCACCUGCUUUUGAGUCCCACCUGUGCAGUUUUGAGGGCUGUGUCCGUCCUGAUUUCCGCAGGACCACCGAAUGUGCAACUCCCCUGGGAACAAGGAAUUUUCAGGGACAUCUUCGCACCUAGACCAGUGGUGUCACUGGACUGGCCAGAGCCCAAGGUUCUUGUCAAUGUGGAUGAAGCCGAACUAUCGUCUACACCAGGUCCCAGCGUUUUGCAAGACAAAGACAAGACGCCACUCGCAGGUGUCUUCAGCUCCUCACCGGGAGCCAAUGUUUUCAGCAAAGUGAUCAAGUGCAAAAAGAAAGAUGAGCCUUUUGAGGAGGCUGUUGCAGGCAUGUGGUUGAAGAACAUGCAGAUGUGGAAACAGCUGUUCGAGGCCUCCCCGUCCACCACUUUUGCCAAAACAUUACAGGAAUUGGACGAAGAGGAGAAGAUGUUGUCCCUUCGAAGAAGGGUGGUACAAGCGUUGAAGUUUGUGAAAUUUGUGCUUUCCAUUCCAGAUGUGGAGAAUUCCAUCUCCCCCAGGGUCCAAGGCUUGGCCGACCGAGUGGCAGGCGAGCACGAGCCCACACAUCAAGCCCGGGACCUAACAGUGCUCGAAGUUAGGUUUCUGGAAGAGUGUGUUUGGAACGCUGAGCUCCACAUUGUCGAUCGAUUUGCAGCAGGAGUAUUCCUGUUUCAGAUCUUCAGCAGGAACCGUUGGUCGGACAUCAGGCACGUGCGAUCCCUGGAGUUCGAUUUUCUGGAGAUUGGCCCCGAAAUCUGCGGUUUUCUGGAAGGCAGGGCCAGAGAGGUCAAACAGUCCAACAAGAAGAAGAAACUCUCGUUGUUCAUGCCUCUUGUGGCUCCAGUUCGGGGGGUCCACCCGACGGUGGUUUGGGCCAAAGAAUGGCAGAAAGUGGCUGCCGAAGCAGGGAUCGUGCUCUCGAAGACCCCUGUAGGCCCUUUACUACCGGCCACCGCCCCAGACGGUGCCUGGCUGCAGAGGUCCAUCGACUCCGCCGAGGCCUCCAACUGGCUAACGGGACUGCUAAGUGGCCCCCUCCGGCAGCUGGAGGAAAUGCUAAAGCAGGUACGGGAGGGCUCGUUUUGCCCGGAUGCUACUCGAAGUGGAUACUUUGCCCGUGCCCAAGGAUCAGAGGCAGGUGCGUCCGUUGACCUCGGGUCCUGGUUGCCGAUCAGCAAGGCAGGCAGCUUAGAUGGGCGGCCCGCGAACUCCGAAAGCACGCAUGAGCCUUUGCCAGCUCCAGUGGAAGGCUUUGAGGAUGAUUUCCGGGGGGUUGGACCGCUUUGCUCCUCGCAAGGGAAGGUUUUUGAGUCACCAAGUGCCAUGCCUGUCUUGGAAGCAUCUGCACCGUCGGUAGCAGAAGGAGACGAAUCCCCCUCGAAAGAAAGUGAGGAAUUAGACAGGUUGGCUACCGUGACUUCUGGGCUUUGCGAGGCGUUGUUCGAUAAGGACGACACACAAGGUGCAGAUGAUAACGAGGAGGCAGAGAUCUCGCCCACCACAUCAGCAGAAGGGUCCUCCGAGGAAACCUCUGAUGGAGCCUCGUCGGAAGAAAAGGAGGAACCAGCUUCGACCCUGAGCCUACCGGAGGGUUGGAGGGCGAUCCAGAACAAGAAGUCUACCAUGUUACAUCUGUACAAAGUAGCGGAUAGUCAGCCUUUCUUCGAGCAACAUGCUCGCAAGAUCGGAAUGGAGCAGCCACUCUUGGACAAAUUCAUAGCUGGAGGGGUCAAGACGGUCUCCAUGGCAGCCUAUGCAGCCACUCAACCGGGUCAACCUCUCACAGAUAGGGAGGUCUCCACUCUAUGUACGAGUCUGGGGCAGAACAACCCCACUCUUGCACAGAUGACGGUUGUCAAGAGGCUCCUGUUCGAGUGCCAGACCAUGAGCUUGGCAAACUUGAAGGCAACCGUGGAACAGCAGCCGGACUCAGUCCUCCGUAAGCUGCCAGGAGCUGAGAGAGCCCAGCGCUUGGAAUUGCAGGCUCAAAGGCUGGGCGGACUCUCGAUUGAGCAUGACUUGGAGCCCGCCUUUUCAGUAUAUGACGCCGUGUCGACACAGGUAGAGCAAGGGUCGCUGAAAUACCUGCACCCGAGCAAGAUCCCCACGCGUCGCCAGGAAUUGGCGCAAGGCAAGCCAACCAAGGAACUUGUGCUGGAUGCUUCGGGGGAUGGCCUCUCGGUUCAAGACAAAUCCUCCAAAGUUGAGGCCCAGUUGGGGUCAGACAUGGCGACUUACAGGGCGUUGCAAAGACGGGGUCUGGCCUACGACCUCGUUGGCAUUUUGAGUUUCAAGGUGCACGAGAAAUGGCUUCAGAAGGCCUUUGCUACCUUGCAGACCCCACCGCCCCCAGGCUUCAACCGUCCGACGCUGCAGCAGGUCCUGCGAGCAGAUCGGGCCUUGUGGAUGGAGCUUGGCAGCAAACAGCCGACCCUGACAAGGGCAGCGGCGAACGCGCCGCUCGCGGACGCCCGGUGCUUAGAUCAAGUCUUUCUGGAAGCCACCAACACGGUUGCAGUCAAUUUUCAAGGGUUCCCAGAUAGAGGGGGCAAAGGCGCUGGCAAGGGCCCCAAGCGCUGGGGCGAUGGAAAAGGGUAUGGACAAUGGAAAUAUCAGAGGACCGACAAAGGAGACAAGGGCCAGGGAGGCAAAUUAGGCUUCAAGGGGGCCCGCCUCCCCACAAAGGGCAAAUUUGACAGUGGCAAGGGAGGCUUUCCGAACAAGUCCCUUGUCUUGCAAGGAGGCAAGGGGGAGACCCCCAUGCCGGCCGCCUUGCGCGGCGGAGUGCCGAACGACGAGCAAGGAGAGCCUCUUUGUUUUGGCUUCAACCUAGGCCAGGCAGCCAGAAAGAACGCCCCGCUGCAAGGGACGUCGAAUGACAGCGCUUCUGCGCUGGACCAGGCGGACAGGCCCGAAGAGAGCUGCAAGGACUCGCGAGUCAUCACGGCGAGCACAGGUCUGGACAGGUCUGCUGUGGAAAUGGCUGGGUUCUCCAGGACUGGCCGCCGUAUGGCUGGCGCCGCCCUGCGGCACAUCCAGCAGGGCCAGGGAAAUCCCGCUCCCGGGGAGGACGAGCCGCGUCCUUUGCGGUCAGUGGAGUGCCCGGAAGGGCUCCCAGGCCUUGGCCCAAGUGAUGCAGAAAGGGUGGCAAAGGCUAACGAGCUUUACCGGCUCACGGCCCGAAUCUGGGACUUCUGCUGCGAAAAUGAAAUUGUGGUAAUCAUAGAGAACCCCUAUCGCAGUUUCUUCUGGCAUUGCAGCGCCAUUGAACACAUCCUCAGGAGUGAACAGGCAAUCGUGGUCCAGUGCGACUUUUGCAUGAUGGGAGGUUCGAGAUUGAAGCGGACGGCCCUGCUGUGCAACAGCGACCUCAUCACAGGCAUGGCUGUCACGUGUGAUGGAUCCCACGAGCACCUGCCCUGGAAAGUGCAGGAGGGAGUUCUCGCAACAAAGUUUGAGACUGCGUAA